AAGACUUGGUUCCUCCCGCCCGACUUUACAUUCACCCCCGAUGGUCCCCUCCAGCUCGGAGCCGUCAUCACGCAUCCUGGCCGUCCCACCAACGUCAUCGCAUCACCCCGCACCGACCCAUCGCUACAGCUGCCUGAGAUACAGGUCAUCACGGAAAAGAACCACUCACACUCAAACGAGAUUAGCCGCAAGGGCGGAGUCAGUCUUUUUGCCAAGUUUGUCGAGUUUGCUUCUGGCUCUGUGUUGUACGAGGCUAGCCGACGAAAUCUUCUUCAAUAUGGAAAUGUCGAUCACGAAGUUCGAUCUCUCUUGGCACCUUUCUCAAAAGACUUUCUCCAGGCUCUUAUUAGCUUGGAUUCAGUGAAGGAGCACAUUGACUCGGGUCUGUAUGGCAAGAGACCCAUAUACCUUGUAUCUGGUCUGCGGGUCACAAACGAGUCGUUCACAGUAACCAAGGAGAAAGGAACUGGCAACCAGGGUGAAAUUUCAGCCUCUGGUCCCACAGGCCCUGUCCCAGUUGAAGUAGGUGGAAGCCUAUCCGGGGGUGUGGAGAGAACAAAGGCGGAUUCUUACGAGACGGCCCCG